AUGCUUCCAUCCCUCAGAAUAGCAUCCCGCCUCAUCCGCACUCGAUUUCCUACCCCGCGGACUCCUCUACUCCCACGACUCUCCCAAUCCCCCACCACCACGCCAAUCACCACUAGACGUCUCUUCUACCCCUCCAACAUCUCCCGCCAAUUCCACACCACCCCUCCCAACCCCUCCCCCACCAAAUACCAACAAACCCAACGUCUCCGCUGGGGCGCCUACAUCGCCCUCCUCCGCUGGGCCGCCCGCCCAACCUUCAUCCUCGAAGCCGCAGGUCUCGGAGCCCUAACAGGUGGUUUCUACGUCUACAACCUCGAAGAAGUACCCAUAUCCGGUCGUCGUCGCUUCAACAUAAUCUCCGAAGACUUCCUCCAAUCCCUCUCCGAAGACAAAAACCAAGAAAUCCUUUCAAAAUACCAAGGCCAAAUCCUCCCUGAGAGUGAUCCACGAUUUAAACAAGUCCGUCGGGUACUAGAAAAACUAGCACCAAAUUCCGGAUUACCGUCAGAUUAUAAUUGGGAGGCUACGGUGAUAGAAUCGGACGAAGCGAAUGCAUUUGUAAUACCCGGUGGGAAGGUAUUUGUUUUCACGGGUAUAUUACCCGUGUGCGGUGGUGACGAUGGAUUGGCUGCGGUGUUGGGGCAUGAGAUAGGUCAUAAUGUUGCUCGACAUCUGGGGGAACAGAUUAGUAGGGGAAUUUUCCUGAUAGCUGCCGCUUGGGUUGUAGAGUUGUUUUGGGGGGUACCGGGGGAUAUGAGCCUUCAUUUAUUGCAAUUUGCGAUCGAUAUGCCUAAGUCUAGGGCUCAGGAGAGUGAAGCGGAUCAUAUUGGAUUGUUACUUAUGGCGAAGAGUUGUUAUGAUCCUAAAGCUGCUGUUGCUGUCUGGAAACGAAUGGAGAUAGAAGAACAGAAGACACCACGGCCGCCAGAGAUGCUAAGCACACACCCUUCAUCACGUCGGAGACAGACUGAAUUAACGGCCCUCCUGCCAAAGGCGUACGAAAUAGGUCUGGAUUCCGACUGUGCCGUAACCGGACAAUACACAGAACAAUUCAAGAAAUUCGGACAGGAGCUCGACUUCUCCUUCUAA